AAAAAAAAAUAAAAAGCCGAAUAGCAUUUCGAAUAUUCUGUGCGGUUUGUGUUAAUAAUUAUUGUUGAAUAGAAAACAAAUUCCGCCAAAUGUGUUAACAAGAGUGUUCGCAGCCGCAGAGCCAUAAAGUUUACAACAAAACCGAGAAAAAAUCGAAAAAAUAACGAAAACUGGAAUUUGUGAUAAUUGCUUUUCGGGCGAGUGCGAGAGAGGGAGAGAAGUGCAAAGAUAACAGAUUUGUUUCGUGUCCCUGAUAAGCGAUUCCAGAGCGCAUCUUUAUCUCGUCCGUGGAAUUUGCUGAUACAGCAGGAAAAGUGUAAUUUUGGGCAACUGAAUAUCGAAUGUUGCUUAGUCGACUGUAAAUUUCAAUAAUAAUACUAUAUAAGCAUGGUAUAUAUGUACAAACAUAUGUACAAAUUUUAUAUUUUAAAAAUUUUGGUUCUGAUCUAUCGGAAGCCCAUUGUUCUUCCAGAUUCUUCGCUGCAAUCUCUCUCUUUUCGACUUAAGAACACAUUGCAAUUCUCUUUCUCUCUUCCUUGCUCUCUCUCUUCGAAUGCAAUUCCCUUUUAGUGAAUUAUACCGCUACUAUUUGUUCAGUUAGUUCUUCACUCUCUCCCACUCACUCUCUCCCCAUGUGCAACAAUAAAAACCACAAAAACAACAACGCGAAAUCGAAACGUAUGUAUAUUAACCACAAUAUUUUCCAUAUGAAGAGCGAACGCGAGUAAAUAGCAACCAGAAUAAAAAAAGCACAAAGUGAACAAUCGUUAAACAACCAAAAAGCAAGCCAAUUAGAAAAAUAAACACAGUGCAAAAAUCCAACAAAAAACAGGAGAAUAGAAAAGAAAACGUCGAGAUCGUGGAAAAACAAAAAGUUUAUCUAACUGUAAAUCCGACAGCCAACGUGGGAGGCAUCCAAAGCGAAAACAGCGGAUAAAAAGGCAGAUAAAGAGAUAGAGAAAGAAAGACAGAGAGAGAGGAAAACGAUCUCUGGCAAAAGCUGAUGACAAAACGAACAAGGGCAGUUCAUAUCCCCAGUUCAAUGUAAACAUUAAUAACACCAUCAGCAAGAACGACUGAAAUCGAUUACUAGUAACUUAUGAUUCAGCCUGAUACAGCAUCCACAUAUACCCACUAUCGAUAUAGCCUCUUCCGACAGAAGUAGCAGGAAUUAUUCAACGGAAAUCAACUUUCGAGUCCUUGGAGCUGUUCUUGUGGCCACACCAACAAUUGCAGCACAAACUUACCAACUAUACAACAACAAUAUCGCUGUGAGAAUCUGUUGGGACCCAUAGGCGUCGCGCUGAACGGCCCCGGCCUAAGGGGCCAUGACGCGUUGGCCCUUUAAUCUACUACUCUUGCUGUCGGUGGCAGUCCGCGACUGUAGCAAUCAUCGCACCGUCCUCACAGUCGGCUACCUAACGGCCCUCACUGGCGAGCUCAAGACGCGCCAGGGACUGGCCAUAUCCGGUGCCCUGACUAUGGCCCUGGAUGAGGUCAACAAAGAUCCUAAUCUGCUGCCAAAUGUAGUGCUGGACCUGCGCUGGAAUGACACCAAGGGGGACACGGUACUGGCCACCAAAGCCAUCACCGAAAUGAUAUGCGAUGGCAUCGCAACCAUUUUCGGACCGGAAGGACCAUGCUAUGUGGAGGCCAUCGUCUCGCAGAGUCGAAACAUUCCAAUGAUUUCCUAUAAAUGUGCAGAGUACCGUGCAUCCGCCAUACCGACAUUCGCCCGCACCGAACCGCCAGAUACGCAGGUCGUUAAGUCGCUGCUCGCCCUUCUCCGAUAUUAUGCGUGGAACAAGUUCUCCAUUCUGUACGAGGAUGUGUGGGGUCCGGUGGCAGACCUGCUCAAGGAUCAGGCCACUAAGCGGAAUAUGACUAUAAACCACAGGCAGGUGUUCAUGGACAAUCGAGCCAAAUGCUGUGAGCAGAUGAUGGAAUGCUGUCGCUCUGGCUAUUGGUAUCAGUUAGUGCAAAACACGAUGAACCUCACGCGGAUCUACGUAUUUCUGGGAGCAGCCAAUAGUCUGGUGGACUUUAUGAGCUCCAUGCAGACCGCUGGCCUGUUUGCUCGUGGCGAGUAUAUGGUGAUCUUUGUGGACAUGAUGGUCUAUUCCGAGAGAGAAGCAGAGAAGUACCUGCGCAAAGUAGAUCAAAUAGCACAAAUGUCGAAUUGCGAAACCACGGAGAACUUCAAUCAAAUGGCCCGCAGUCUGCUCGUCGUAGCCUCCACGCCUCCCACAAAGGACUACAUACAGUUUACAGAACAAGUCCAAAAGUACAGCUCGCAGCCUCCGUUUAAUCUAUCGAUUCCCAAGCUGUUUGUCGAUAGUAAUUUUAGCAAGUUCAUAUCGAUAUAUGCCGCCUACCUGUACGACUCGGUGAAGCUGUAUGCCUGGGCUGUGGACAAAAUGCUGCGCCAGGAGACCCGAGUGCUGACAGAUGAAGUGAUCUUUGAGGUGGCCAGCAACGGGACUCGAGUCAUCGAUACCAUAAUCAAAAACCGUACUUAUAUGAGCAUCACUGGAUCCAAGAUCAAGAUCGAUCAGUAUGGCGACUCGGAAGGUAACUUUUCGGUCCUGGCCUACAAGCCCCACAAGUGGAAUAACUCCAAUAACAUGCCCUGCAACUAUCACAUGGUUCCUGUUGCUUACUUUCACCAAGGCGAAGAACAUCCAGAGUACAAGCUCAUCAACGGCUCCAUAGACUGGCCAUCGGGCGGUGAGAAGCCAGCGGAUGAACCGAUGUGCGGCUUUGCCAAUGAGCUCUGUAAAAAGGAUGACACCCACUACACGUCCACUGUUGCCGCCGUGGUUUUGGGCGUGCUUCUCUUUUGCUCCGGUGUGAUCACCAUGAGCAUAUAUCGAAAGUGGAAAAUAGAGCUAGAGAUCGAGGGUUUACUCUGGAAGAUCGACCCAAACGAUAUUAAGGGGUAUUCUGGCAAUGAAAUUGUGUCCUCUCCCAGUAAGAUCAGUGUGAUGAGUGCCCAGAGCUAUGGUUCCCGCUGGACCAACCAGUUUGUGACAUCCACUGGUCGCCUGCGUGGCGCUGUUGUCCGUAUCAAGGAGUUGAAGUUCCCCCGGAAACGUGACAUUUCCAGGGAGAUCAUGAAGGAGAUGCGAUUGCUCCGCGAAUUGCGUCACGACAACAUCAAUAGCUUCAUUGGCGCCAGUGUAGAGCCCACACGCAUACUUCUAGUCACCGAUUACUGUGCCAAAGGCAGUCUUUACGAUAUCAUAGAGAACGAGGAUAUCAAGCUGGAUGAUCUAUUCAUUGCCUCACUCAUUCACGACCUCAUCAAGGGCAUGAUCUACAUACACAAUUCUCAACUGGUCUAUCAUGGUAACCUUAAGUCCUCGAAUUGUGUGGUAACCUCGCGCUGGAUGCUUCAAGUCACCGACUUCGGGCUACACGAGCUGCGCCAGUGUGCCGAGAACGAAUCCAUCGGGGAGCAUCAGCAUUAUCGAAAUCAACUUUGGCGUGCUCCGGAGCUGCUGCGGAAUCACAUCCACGGCAGCCAGAAGGGCGACGUAUACGCCUUUGCCAUCAUCAUGUACGAAAUAUUUAGUCGUAAGGGUCCGUUCGGACAAAUCAACUUUGAACCAAAGGAAAUCGUGGACUACGUCAAGAAGCUGCCGCUCAAGGGAGAGGAUCCGUUCCGGCCGGAGGUAGAGUCCAUCAUAGAGGCCGAGUCGUGUCCGGACUAUGUUCUGGCCUGCAUCAAGGACUGCUGGGCCGAGGAGCCCGAAGAGCGACCCGAAUUCAGUGUCAUACGAAACCGAUUGAAAAAGAUGCGUGGCGGUAGGACCAAGAACAUCAUGGACCAAAUGAUGGAAAUGAUGGAGAAGUAUGCCAACAAUUUGGAAGAGAUUGUCACCGAGCGUACCCGUCUUCUGUGCGAAGAGAAAAUUAAAACAGAGGAUCUGUUGCAUCGCAUGCUGCCGCAGUCCGUGGCCGAGAAGUUGACCAUGGGUCAGGGAGUUGAGCCGGUAUCCUAUGAUUUAGUCACCAUAUAUUUCAGCGACAUUGUUGGUUUUACUGCGAUGUCGGCGGAGAGCACACCGCUCCAAGUGGUUAACUUUUUGAAUGAUCUCUACACAGUGUUCGAUCGCAUCAUACGCGGCUAUGAUGUUUACAAAGUGGAAACAAUUGGAGAUGCGUACAUGGUGGUUUCGGGUUUGCCAAUUAAGAACGGUGAUCGACAUGCGGGCGAGAUAGCUUCGAUGGCCCUGGAGCUGCUCCAGGCGGUGAAGCAGCAUCGCAUUGCCCAUCGUCCCAACGAGACGCUAAAGCUGCGUAUCGGGAUGCAUACAGGCCCAGUGGUGGCAGGCGUGGUUGGUCUCACGAUGCCGAGGUAUUGCCUCUUUGGCGACACCGUCAACACAGCGUCGCGAAUGGAGAGCAACGGAGAGGCGCUGAAGAUUCACAUUUCCAACAAGUGCAAGCUGGCGCUGGACAAACUGGGCGGUGGCUACAUAACCGAGAAACGAGGCCUCGUCAAUAUGAAGGGCAAGGGCGAGGUGGUUACCUGGUGGCUAACUGGAGCCAAUGAGAAUGCGAUACAGAAGAAAUUGGUGGAUAUGUUGGACAUGCCGCCGCCGUUGUUCAGCCGUCCACGAAAGAGUCCAAAACUGAAUCCCGACUCUCGGCAGCCAAGCAUCCUGGCCAUGCACUACUGCGGUAGCGGAUCCAGACGCCAAAGCACUGUUCCCAGGCUGCUUGACGGCGAGUCCACUUAUAGCCUCCAGGGAUCUGUGAGGGAAUCACCGCGCAUGGUCAGCAGACGGGACAGGGAUUGGGAGCGACCCUCCAUCAAUGGGCCGGGCGCAGGGCACUUUGUUGGCGGAGCUCUACUCGAAUCCGCAUUAGCCUCGCUCAGCACGCUGAAUCAUUCCGAAACAAACGAAACGAACUGUGAUAUGGAUGGGGGAUCGGGAGGAGUGUCAGGAUCUGGAUCAGGACUAGUGCGCCAGCCCAAUGCGCUGCACAAGCCUUUGGCCAUGGUGCGCCCGCACAGGAUUAUUAGUGCUGCCCAGUUACCGCAAUUGGGAGAUAUUGAGGAUGACUCCGCAGAUAUGCUGUUACGAGAGUCUCGUUCCCUGGACCCCAUGCCCAUGCAGCAACUGCGCAAGCGCCACGACAGGGUGAAGUUGCCGCCCUCCAAGUUGUCCAAGAACAAUUCGCGAUCGCUAGACACGGGUGUAUCGCUGAUCAGUGGGAACCCCAAUGGAGAAGUAGAAUCAAGUCAGAUAGAUCUGGAUGACGAGAUGUCCGCCAAUCCGGUUGAUGCAACGGAUGGCUACGACGAUGAGUUGGGCUUGCUGAUGCGGCACGACAACGGUCAGCUGCCCCCACUCCGCUAUUCAGGCAGCUUUCCUAAUGCCCAAAUCAGCACUGUUCCUACAGGAAGACCAGGAGGAGGAGGUGGUAUUAACUGUUCUAAGCAUCUGAACAACAACUGCAACGGCGGAAUGAAUGUCGAGGAUGAUCUUGAGUCACCGCUGCUGCAACGCCAGGCAUCGCUGUCAGUUCCGCCGGAGAUAUUGACGCACAACAAACGCUGGCAUUCAAUGGAGCACAUGGAUGGACCCGGUGGCCAUGGUGGAAAUAACGUGAGCUAUGCCGCCGACAUUGAUAACCGCCAGCCCGGAGACCUUGACUUCCUCAGCGGCUCAUCUAAUCAGCACAGAGCCAAAACAGCUGGUGGCAGCAAGCUGACCAACUGGAUGACAAACAUCUUCAAGGGCAACGGGGUACGCAGCGGUGAGGCUAGGCGAAUAGGAAUCCUGCCCAGCGGCGUGCACGGAGCACGAACUGGAUUUACGGACAUGGCGCCAUCGGCAGCGGGCCGGGAUCGUGAGAGUAUAGUAUAGAGAUAACGAGGAGGCAGCGUAGAAACUAAGAAAGGUGGAGCAGAAUGACCAGGAUGAGCCGGAUGAGAGAGGUGGAAAAGUUACUCAGGAACCGUGUCGAGCAGGAAACGAUCGUCUUUUGGCUUAUUUCUUUGUUUUAUGUAUUGUUGUUUGUAUUGAUCGAACGAUUUGUGUGUCUGUGUUGGAAGUCCUACACUUAUAAACAUGUACCAGCCUGCUCCUAAAUAGUUUAUUGCUCUGGCAUUGCACGAUUUGAACUGUCCCCGGGACUCCAAUCUAUUUUUACUUGAUUUCAAUGGAAAUCCUGCGAUCCCGAAGCAGGAGCGAGCAGAAGCUGAAGCGAAAAUCAUACAUAGCAUAUAUUUGAUAACUCUACAUAUAUACAUAUUAGAGAAGCCGAAAAAACCGUCUAGUCACAAGGUCUUCAGACUAGUUAUUGUUUUAUAUAAAAUACACACACACACCCACACAUCUAAAUGUACGUUUGUAAAUGUAAUACACACACACACACAACCACACACAUAUUUAUACGACGAUGAAGAAUCAAAAAACAAAUAUUUUAUGUAAAUGUAAUCGAAAUUUUUUGCUUUCUAUAAAUGAUGCGCUGCAGCAAACAAAUUAUGCUUAAAACAUAACCUAGUUAAUUUAUGUAUUUGAAAAACAAAAAGAUAAUGAAAAAUGUAAUGUAUCAAUGUGUUUUGCUAGUACGUAGUUAAGUGCGUGUGAUUGUACGUAAUGUUUAAGUCUCUACAACUAAAAUAAUAAUUUUAAUUAAUUAAUUAUGAACGAGAAUUGUGAGCAGAGAAGUGCGAGAAGGCGCCCCAUGCGUGGUGUUUUAGCUGUAUGUAUGUAUGUAUAUUUUUAAAAUAAAAUUUGUUAAAUUUGCCAUAUAUAAAUACAAACAAGAAACUA